AUGUUAACAAAGAUAGAUGAAAACAAGGAAGUAAAAAAUCACAGCAAACUGUAUGCUUCCAUAACCCUGGCAGUAUUACCGUCCAGUAUUGUGGAAGUGAAUCAGUCGGUGACAAUACAGUGUACCUUCCCACAAACAGAACUUGCUGCCUACUUCUUCUCUACUAAAAAUUCCUUAGUAGCUUUCUGCUCUCUGGAAACAUUCGAAGGAGUGUGUAAACAGGGAGAUUGUGCUAGGCAAUACAAUACAGCAUGCCCUAACUCUACAAAUUAUAGAGUAGAGUACCCUAUCCCAUUAAGCUGGAAUGGAGAAAGUAUUUCCUGUAGAGGGCUAUUUGCAGGAAACGAAAGAAGUAAUAAUGUAACUUUCAGUGUUAUCGUGCCAGUAACGUCAGUGACUUUGACUCCUACCCAGGUGACGAUUGAUGCCGGUAAAAAUAUAGCUUUUACCUGUCAGACAGAUUACUGCAACCCAGCAGCAAACAUCACGUGGUACAAGUCAUCAAUACAACGUAUUGACGUCACCAGUCAGGCCACAUAUUCCACGGUCACUGACAGUAAUGGCCUAGUGAGAACGACUUCAUUUCUACAGUAUACAGGUGUGGCUGGCGACAAUGGUCAACAGGUGUACUGUAAAGCCAUGAACAAGAGAGAUCAAAGUGUCACAUCAAUACGACAUACGCUGAAUAUCAGGUUUAUCGCGGAAGUACGCAUCUUUCCAUCUCGUGUUUUAAACUUAGUUGUUGGACAACGACAGAUAUUCCUACAUUGUUUUGUGGAAAAUGCAAAUCCGGAAGAAAACAUACAGUACAGAUGGAUAAGAUCAGAUGGUCCUAAUUCUUCUAUUGUCUCGGAAUCUCAAACAUACGUUAUAAAGACUGUCAGUUUUGACGAUAGUGGUAGAUAUAUCUGUACAGCAAGGAAUUCUGCUGGAAACUCUAGUGGCAUUAUUGACGUUAGUGUGCAAUUUACUCCUCUGGCACCCAAAAUUGAAUAUGUUGUAUGUAAAUCCACAUUUGCCACCGUUAUUUGGACGACUCCUUAUACAGCCUAUAACGAUGUCAAACUACAAGAAAUACUUCAGUACAGCGAACUAAACAAAACAUUUGUAAAUGUAACUAAUGAGCAACAGAAUAGCAAUGAGGCCAGCAUUUAUAACCAGAAAGUGACCACGCUGAAGCCUAGAACAAAUUAUACAUUUAGAGUGUUGACUUCAAACCAGUAUGGUGUUACUCUUUCUAACACUAUGUCAUGUGUUACAGACCAAGAAAGAUUGGAAGAAAGUUAUCAAGGUUGUGACAAGGGGGAGAUAAUCGGUGGAAUAGUCGGCGGAUUUGCACUUUUCCUUAUUUCAGCAAUGUGUGUCGUUAUUUUGUACAAGCUCAGAAAAAGAAAGAGUACAAAAGCAUCUACUCCUACAGAUAAGAGGUAA